CGCUGCCCUCCCCGCCCUCUAAGUUACCCCGCCGGCCCAGGGAGCCUGGCACAGCCAGCCAGCCGCGCCGGCGAUCAUGUGACAGCGCUGCCUAGUGCCAGGAGCCCGGGUGGGGGAAAAGAAGGCAGUGCAGGAGGAGGCCAGCCAGAGGCGUCCGGCCCCACCGAGGUGGCCCGCCCGCUGGAGAAAGAGAGAGAGAGAGAACCCGAAGGGAAAAGGCUGACGGAGCUCCCCGCGCCCAAGCCAGCCCCAACAGCGCCAACUUCGCAGGUUGGAUGCUUUGACAAGUCAAAAAUCCAAGGUAUUUAUCUCGAAAGAAAAUGUUAAUGUUUGACCCCGUCCCUAUCAAACAAGAAGCAAUGGAGCCAAUUCCAGUGUCCUUCAACUCCACGUACAUGGACCACAUGAAGUCCAACAAGUACAGCGUCAUCUAUUCCACCCCAGACAUGAUGCCCAAUAAGUUCUACCAGAUUCCAGAGGGACUGUGCAGUGGGGUUCAGGUGGAGCCCGUGGACCUGACCAUGAAUAAGCGGAGUUCGCCGCCUUCAGCUGGACAUUCUCCUUCCUCUUUCAAAUUCCAGACUCUGCCCCAGAGAGCUUCCCCUGGGUUAUUAAAUCUUCCAUCAUCCAGCCCUCCCGUGAAGAAACUGGGUCUGCCUGGAAUGCAGCCUUUCACAAUGCCCUUGACAAUUCCCCCAGUCAUGGCGGCUCUUUCCCGUCACGGAUUAAGGAGCCCUGGGAUACUUCCAGUUAUUCAGCCCCUUGUCGUUCAACCCGUCCCUUUCAUGUAUGCCCCUCACCUUCAGCAGCCUAUCAUGGUGUCCACCGUUCUUUCCGAAGAGUUGGAAAACCCAAGCAGCGUCCCAGUAUCCGUCAUCGAAUCUUACGAAAAGCCAGCACUAACGAAAUCUAUCAAGGUAGAACCAGGCUUGGAAUCGCCAAGAAACGACUACUACCCAGAGCAAAUGUCUCCUCCUGUGAUGACCUCAUUGUCCCCUCCCAUGCUACAAGAGAAUCAUCCUUCAGUUAUAGUCCAGCCUGGGAAGAGGCCUCUACCUGUGGAAUCGCCAGACACGCAAAGGAAGAGACGGAUACACAGAUGUGAUUACGACGGCUGCAACAAGGUGUACACUAAAAGCUCUCAUUUAAAAGCCCAUAGAAGGACACACACAGGUGAAAAGCCUUACAAAUGCACUUGGGAAGGUUGCACAUGGAAAUUUGCUCGAUCGGACGAACUAACGCGGCACUUCCGGAAACAUACCGGAGUCAAACCGUUCCAGUGUCCGGACUGUGAUCGCAGUUUCUCUCGUUCUGACCAUCUUGCCCUCCACCGGAAACGCCAUAUGCUCGUCUAGAACGUCUCACUUCUCUGCCCUUUUCCGGUUCUUUCCCCCCCCACCCUUUUUUUUUUUUCUUCACCUCAGCAUUUUAAUUCCGAUUCAGCUGGACUGGAUCUUUGGAUUUUUAUCUCCUUUUCUUGAUGGUCAGUUAAAAAAAAAGAAAAGUUUGCUUGGCCCUUCUCGAUUCUUGCCGUCGGACAGACCGAAAGAAUGUGAACAUUUAUGUUUUGUUUGUUUCCUGGGGAUGCUAAGCGCCCCCCUCGUUUGCCAGCGGAUAGAUUAUCUUUCCGUCAGACUUAAGACAUCUUAUAAUCAAGCUGAUUAGUUUUGCCAUUUAAUCAGCCAGUAUAUAUCGAUGAUACAGUUGCUGGUUCCCCCACCCCCAAAUCCAGUUUUGCUGAUCCUUGCCAGAGACUUUGUGUGCCUGUCGUAAAAGGAGGCAUGUCUCCUUUUUAUGCCCAGCAAUGCAAUGAAUGGAUUUUUUUUUUUUUUUAAUAUGGUUGGUUAGAGAAGCAUGUUCCAGAAGACACACACGCAUAUAUAUAUAUUUGGGAUGCAGAAAAUGAAAUCCUCAACCUUAGGAAUGAAUGAAAAAUAAAUAAAUAAAUCUCCAGGGAUUAGCAGAAAACGGGCGUCCACGAAGAUGUCGUACACCCUGGUUGAAUUUGCCUUUUUUUGUGUAUGGGGGUUGUGUAAGUUGUCCUUUUGUUUUGCUUGGGAUCAAGUGUCUUGGUAGAUUCACUGAGCAAAACCUUCCGGUGGGGCGCAGUGAUCUGUUUUUUGUCAUGCAACUGUGUGAAUGGGACACCCGUGGUACUUCUCUUGUGGUGUGACCCUCGUUGAUAAAAUUGAUUAAAAAAAAUCUACCUCGCUGGGGAAGUGUGGCAGGCAUGGAAAUUUUCUCCACUCCUCGGCAUCUCCUGCCCCUGUGCAAACACCUCGACCUGCCUUAGCUGAGAAAAGCCACUGUUCUAGCAACAUAAAUUUCAGCUCUUCCUUUGUUAGAAACGGAUUUCCUUCCGAGACCUUUCCAGAUUCCUAAGAUCCCAGAGAAAAAGAUUUGCGUCAUUGAAGCACUUCCGGAGAGCAUACAGUAGAUUCGGCUCGCAAUGAUCACAAAACAAAAAACUUGGAACUGCCUCCAACCAGCUCGUAUGAAAACUUCAGCAGACAAGCCCUCACCAAGUAUUUUUGUAAUACCUUCUCAGUAUCGAUAAUUUUCUACUCCCCCAAAAAAUAUAUUGAAAGAUGAGAGAGUUUCAUCCUAUAAAUCUUCCGUAUUUUCAGAGAUGCGAUUUGUAUAUUUAUAUUAAGGAAAAUCACCAUCAUCCACCAGCAUUUUGCAGCCAAUGGUUAAAUGCGUGGGAACUAUGACUCUCGUAGGUAGAAGAAGAAAAAAAGGAAAAAGGAAGACAACAACAAUAGCCAGAGGAACGAGCAGGAGAGGAAGGGAUUGCAGAAUAUAAACUAAACACUUUAUAAACUAAAAUCACAUACAUUUCGAGUACAUAAUGGCUCAGGGGCAACUUGGCUUACUCAAAAUUGCUUGUUGUAUUUGUUCCAUAAAUUGUAUUUAGCAUCAGUUGUUCUGGUAUAAACUUUUUCUAGCACUUUUCAUCA